UAUGGAUCUUCGAGAGAAGCUUCAACAGUUAAAACAAAAACUGGCAACAAAAGUCCAAAGCCACCAAAUAGGUAAUAGAGCUAAGAAUAAAGCUGAUCAGACUGUUCAGAAGAUGAAGGACAGUAAAAAUAUGAUAAAACAGAGAUCUAGUAUCAGAAAAGAUAAAAUAAAAAAAACUUUUCAACAGAAGAGGAAGAAAUUCAUUCAAAGACCACAGGAGACUCGUAAAAAAAUAGCUAAGAGGCUUAAUCUAAAAGAUAAAGCCACCACUUUCUCAAAGAAGAGAAAAGAAAUGUUUGCGACUGCUAAAGAGGCUUAUAUUGAAAGGAAGAAUGCAACUUUUAAUAAUUUACGAUACUUUAGCUUGUUUGGAUGCACUUUUGCAGCUCUAAUUUUAACCAAGAGGAUCCCUCACACAGUUGCAGGUUUUGGUCUAGCAGCUGCCUUCUUAUAUCCUGAAUACAUAAUGGACUAUUUCAAGAAGAAUUAAGGACUAUAAGAUAUUUCAAUCAUUGAUA